UUGAUUUGGGUAGCAUCGUCACUCCAUCCAUCGCUGCCCACUCUCUUCUUUUACUGUUUCGGGUUCAGAGAUUCUUGGAGAGCUCGUGGAGAAGGGGGGACUCCCAUGGCGAUCUCGAAGAACGAGAGCUUCUCCGAGCUCGGAUAACUCCUCCUCCCAAAACCACAAAGGAAUGCGCUUCCUCCUCGGCUUCUUCCUUGUCGUUGGCGGUUUUUCAUAGCUCCGAUCAUCUGAGAUCGCAUCUUUUCUUCCAAAGAACGCGUCGGUUUCAGACGUUCUUGGGUUCUGAGCAGGGAGUUGUGGUCGACGUUCCUCACUUCCCCAGUGCUUCCCUAGUUGCUACUUCUGAGAGUUAGGGGUGCGAUUUGGUUUCUCCCGCAGUUUGACGAUCUUCUGAAACCCUAGUUUGGUUCUCGCCGUGUUCCCCCGAGCCCUACUUCUUGUCAUGGUUCCGCGGUUAAUGGAGUUGGGGCGAAGAUAUUGAUUCGUCAUAGGAAAGUCCAAAGAGAUGAAGCUUUCCACCGUAGGCAUCAGCCAGCAAGCACCAGAAGGGGAGGAGAAGAGAUGCUUGAAUUCGGAGCUCUGGCACGCUUGCGCCGGACCACUUGUGUGCCUGCCGACAGCCGGUACUCGGGUUGUCUACUUUCCUCAGGGCCAUAGCGAGCAGGUUGCGGCGUCGACAAACAAGGAAGUGGAGGGCCAUAUUCCUAAUUACCCGAGCUUGCCCCCUCAGUUGUUUUGCCAGCUCCACAAUGUCACAAUGCAUGCAGACGUAGAAACCGAUGAAGUCUAUGCGCAGAUGACUUUGCAGCCCUUGAGCCUGAAUUGUGUGCAGCAAGAACAGAAAGAUGCUUAUUUCCCUAUCGAGAUGGGCGUUGUGAGCAAGCAGCCAACCAAUUACUUCUGCAAGACUCUGACAGCGAGCGAUACGAGUACACACGGAGGGUUUUCUGUGCCUCGUCGAGCAGCCGAGAAAGUCUUUCCUCCUCUGGAUUUCUCGCUGCAGCCUCCAGCUCAAGAGCUGAUUGCUCGUGACCUUCACGACGUUGAGUGGAAGUUCAGGCACAUCUACCGAGGCCAACCGAAAAGGCAUCUGCUUACCACAGGCUGGAGUGUGUUCGUUAGUGCCAAGAGACUCAUUGCUGGGGAUUCUGUUCUUUUUAUCUGGAAUGAAAAGAACCAGCUUUUGUUGGGAAUUAGACGUGCUAAUCGACCCCAAACGGUGAUGCCAUCAUCAGUUUUAUCAAGUGACAGCAUGCACAUAGGGCUUCUCGCUGCGGCAGCUCAUGCUGCCGCUACAAACAGUCGUUUUACCGUAUUUUACAAUCCAAGGGCAAGUCCAUCUGAGUUCGUGAUACCGCUUUCGAAGUAUCUAAAAGCUGUGUUUCACACGCGCGUGUCGGUUGGCAUGCGAUUCCGGAUGCUUUUUGAGACUGAAGAAUGUAGUGUUCGCAGGUACAUGGGAACAAUUACUGGCUUAAGUGAUAUGGAUCCCGUACGUUGGCCGAAUUCCCAUUGGAGAUCAGUCAAGGUUGGCUGGGAUGAAUCAACAGCAGGUGAGAGGCAGCCAAGAGUGUCACUGUGGGAAAUUGAGCCUCUAACAACAUUUCCCAUGUAUCCAUCGUUGUUUCCGCUCAGGCUUAAACGCCCUUGGCAUGCCCCCUUUCCCCAUGACACCAAAGAAGACGAGCUAAAUGCUGUCAUGUGGCCGAGGAGUGGCACUGGUGAACAAGGCCUGCAUCCCUUCAAUUUGCCAUCACUCGGCGUAGGAUCCUGGAUGCCACAGAGGCUGGAACCAUUGCUGCUAGGGAACGAGCUCAAUCAGUACCAAGCCAUGUCCGCUGCUGCUUUGGAGGACCUACGAGGGGUGGACAUUCUGAAACAACAGUUUUUACAGAGUCAACAGCCGUUCCAAUUUCUUCAGCAGCCCGGCACGACCAGCCAUUCGUUUCACGGUCAAGAUUUUCCGCAGACUCCCCAACGGCAGGCCAUCGGUUCACAAUCACCGCGUCUACUGGAGAGCCAACCAAACUCUGCUCCGCACCAGCAGUUGCAACAGUUAGCAAACGAACAGCAAAAGCAGCAGCAGGUGCAACACACACAUGCUUAUGCAGACACAUUCCAGGUUCCUAACAAUCAUGUUCAGCAACCGUCUAGUUUGCCUUCUCGAUUUUACGACAAGCCGGACUUCCCUGAUCCAUGCUUGGUCUUCUCAUCCAUUGCGCCUUCGAGUUCUGUCCAGGGCAUCCUGGGAUCUGCUUACCCCGAAGGAAACUCCAACCCUCUUAACUGUUCACAACUUGGUCAAUCCAUGGUCAGUAAACAGAGCCAGCAGUCACCGGGGCCAAGACGAAUUAUGUCUCAGGUGACUCCUUUUGGACCUGGAGUUCUGCUGCCUUCAUUUGCAGAGAAGGAUAGUUCUGGCGGAAAUAAAAAAUGUCCCGGUACCCAGAGUCAGGCCCCCUCUCUCCUAUCCAUCGCAGAUCCAAGCUUGACCAUGCAUGCAACCGUUGGUGAUGCAUCUGCCACACCGUACGUUGCUUCCUGCAUUCAGAACUCUCUUUAUGGAUAUUUGGAUGAAUCCUCCAGCUUACUGCAAAAUUCAGGAGAGGUUGGUCCACAAUCCCAAACAUUUGUGAAGGUCUACAAGUCCGGAUCAGUGGGGAGGUCUUUGGACAUAUCCCGGUUCAACAACUAUGAUGAACUGCGUGUGGAACUGGGUCAUAUGUUUGGAAUUGAGGGUCUAUUGGAAGAUCCUCGUAGAUCAGGCUGGCAGCUUGUAUUUGUCGACAGGGAGAACGAUGUGCUUCUCCUUGGAGAUGACCCCUGGGAAUCAUUUGUGAAUAAUGUCUGGUAUAUCAAAAUACUUUCUCCUGAAGAUGUGCAUAAGAUGGGAAAACAAGGGGCUGAGGCCAUAGCAUAGACCUCUUGAACUUCAAGCAACUUGAAAUGGUUUCGCAGCAUGCGUACUCCAUCCAAGGGGUUACUCCUGAGGGAUGACAUCUGCAAGGUCAAUCAUCUCUGGUCACAAAUAUAUAUAUAUAUAUAUAUAUAUAUUUGGCUUCAGCAUACCCAGAUGCAUUUUGCAAGUCUUGAUCUGCAUGGUACUAAAUCAUGUAACUAUCUAUGCUCAUAACUAUUGAGUUGUGCAAUUUGUUGUUGUAUUCGGCACUAGCACGCAACGCCUUGAACAAGUCUAAUAUCUUUGGAACCGCAUGCGAUUUGUAGCAGACUCUUUUCUGCUUGCAGGUUUAGUUCA